CCCUCCCAAUAAGCCUCAGAUAGUCCCUCGAACCCCUACGCCCGCACGCCCGCACGCCCGAGAUGCUCCCGGCGGUUCCAAUGCUUACCGCGGACGGGAGUGCGUGCGUAGGUGUGCCCGAGAGAGGCUGUCAGCUCAGCGCCAGAUGCUUUGAGUCAUGGAGGAUAUCUUCCACUGGUGCCGUGAAGGCAAUACUGUACAAGUGCGACUAUGGCUAGACGACACUGAACAUGAUAUGAACCAAGGAGAUGACCAUGGCUUCUCGCUCUUGCACUGGGCAGCCAAGGAGGGUCACUUAGGCAUUGUGGAGAUGUUGAUAACCAGAGGUGCUCGGAUUAAUGCCACAAACCUCGGUGAUGACAUUCCGAUCCAUCUGGCGGCUGCUCAUGGGCACAGGGACAUUGUCAGCAUUCUGAUAAGACACAAGGCAGAUGUUAACUUCAUCAAUGAGCAUGGAAACACCCCACUACACUAUGCCUGCUUCUGGGGCUAUCAGUUGAUUGCUGAGGACCUUGUACAGGCUGGGGCAUCAGUGUCCAUUGCCAACAAGUAUGGGGAGGUUCCACUGGAUAAGUGCAAAGGAGCUAUGGCAAAGAAGCUUCACAGCUUGGCAGUUGACUGCGGCCAAAACCUUGAGAAGGUUGCCUUCAAAGAUCAGAGCUGGCUAGGCCUGAAGACUCGUAGCCGUGACCCUACCCUCUCCAGACACAAAGGCAUUAAUAUCAAUGAACUGGCACUUCACACCAAGAUUGCUGUAAGCCCUUCUGGAGAGAUGUGGCGUGGGAAGUGGCAAGGGAAUGAAAUUGUUGCAAAAAUUCUGGCUCUAAGAGAAUGCUCUCCUCGAGUGUGCCGUGAUUUCAACGAGGAGUUCCCGAGGCUAAGGAUCUUCUCACAUCCCAACGUCCUGCCAGUUGUCGGCUGCUCUAACUCUCCUCCAAACUUGGUGGUCAUCACACAGUAUCUCCACUAUGGAUCUCUCUAUCAGCUGUUGCACCAGGAAACAUCAAUUGUUGUGGACACGGCACAGGCUCUCAAGUUUGCCCUGGACAUUGCGCGGGGGAUGGCUUUCAUCCACUCUUUGGAGAAGCUGGUGCCUAAUCUGUACUUGUCCUCAAAGCAUAUAAUGAUCGAUGAGGAUUUGACAGCUCGCAUAAACAUGGCUGAUGCAAAGUUUUCAUUCCAAGAAAGAGGCAAGAUUUAUUCGCCUCAGUGGUUCUCCCCAGAAGCUCUGCAGAAGAAACCAAAAGAUCUGAAUGUGAAGGCAGCAGAUAUGUGGAGCUUUGCAGUAACCCUCUGGGAGAUGGCGACACGUGAGGUUCCAUUUGCUGAUCUUACGCCAAUGGAAGCAGGAAUGAAGAUUGCCACAGAGGGCCUUCGCGUCAGUGUUCCACCAGGCAUAUCUCCGCACAUAUCAAAGUUGGUUCGAAUUUGCAUGAAUGAAGAUCCUGGCAAACGACCAUCCUUUGAUAUGAUCUUGCCCAUAUUGGAAAAAAUGUGCACACAGUAAAUGCCCAAAAUUCUCUGAGAGGAAACUAAACCUGAUGUCAUUUUUGACAUGCCUUGAAGAUCACAUUCUGGAGAAAUGUCUUUGGGUAUUAUGUUUUCCUUAUUCCUUUGUUGAGGGGUGUAACGGAUUUUCAGAUUUCACAUUUUGCUUGAAGAGGAUGUUGUUUAACUGAGUAUUAAUACUUAUUUUUGGCCACUAAUUUUGCAUGGAUAUAUGAAUUCAUUUCAGAUUUUAUGGUCAUAUAGCCUUUUUUCAAUAAUAUAGUCUUAAAAAAAAAGUGUUUCAAUAAAUAUAUAUUUUGUCAUGAAGGAUCACUUCUUACGUAGUCCUUAAUUAGUAUUUUUAAAGUUGGAUGAAAGCAAAAAUAGAAAAGUUUGAUUCAUUAUAAUUGCAGAUUUGCUUGCAACAUUAGGUAUAGACAUAAAAUCAGGUCACUCUCUUUCUCUCUCUCAAAAAAAAAGUGCCACAUUUCUAUUCAUAAGCUUUUUGAGAGUAUAAAGGAAAAUCUUCCACAAGUUUAUUUCAUAAUAAUGUUAGAUACUUCCACUUCCCGACAUUAAAUUUAUUAGGACUAAUGACCUGUUGUUGUUGUGCCAAGUAGGGUAUGGUCUAUUUUUGCGAAGUACAUUUUGAGAAUUUAUGACAAUGCAAUGUAUGAUAGUUAUAGAUAGAUAGAUUAGUAUUUAGUUGAUAUGAAUGUGCAUUUAUAGAUGGUUCAAUAGAAAUGGACAAGAUCACAUGUAAUCUAGUUUCUUUGAAGCAUGAAAGACAUUCUGUGAAAAUAUAGGAAGAAGAAUUUUACCACAAAAUUAACUCUACAAGUAUAUACAUAUUCAAGUAUUAUUAUUUUGUAUAGGAAGUGAUACAUACUGUAUAGUGGUCUUUAUAUAAGAAGGUUGAGCAAUCAUUAUAAUUUAGCAGUAAAUUAUACCCGCUUCAAUAGUACAGCCUAGAAAGGUAGACUAGCAUCAAUAUCUGUCUUGUGCAGAAUCCUCUAUAUGUAUUGUAUUGCCUUGUCUCUAGAAGUGAUUAAUCAACAUAUUUACCAGAUGUGAUUGUGCUGACAUUUGGCAGAGAUGCAGGACUGGUCUGCUUGUCUGUGUGCGAGAUAGGCCAAAGAUUGUAUGAAAUCAUCAGGUGCUUCAAAUUUUUUCAUCUAGAUGAGAUUGUAAAGGAGUUUCUUUUUAGACAAACUGAGUCCUGGUUGAUGUCAAAUGAACCAACACUUCAUUGACAGUAGCUAUAUGAGUUCAAUCAUGUAGUCGCCUUAUGUUAUUUUUUAAAAAAAGAGAACAUCACAUGUUAUCUAUGCAACUUGUAAUAUAGUAGAACUUCUUGCCUUUUAUUUCUUUGUAAUGUAGCUUUAAGGGAUUUCCAUAGAUGAGGUAGAAAUCUUUUAUGCAAAUAACUCUUGUACUCAAGCUCUCCUUGCCUAAUAUAUAAUAAUCAUGGAUAUUAUUGCAUUGCUAGACUGUUCAUCUAUGGAAAUGUAAUCUCUGCAUCUAGUUUUAACCAUGUAUGUCACCACAUAUAGUACUAGCCUCUAGUUAAAAACUAGGAACCAUUGAAAUGUAAUAAUGAAGUGUACACUAAUUGUAUUUAAUAGUGUAUAUUUUUAGAUAACUUUGAUGCCUUAUUGCAUUUGCAGUGAUUUCAUUUCUUCCAUUGCAAGUGGAAAUGUUUGGUGCUAAUUAUUAAAAAAAGCUUGGAUUCAAAUUAUUACCAGGUUAACAGCAGUGUCAAGAACACUUCAUAUUGUAAGUUCAUUGGCAGUCUUGUUAGAUAAUGCUUGACUCUAGGUGGCAUGAGAAGGUGCUUUGAUUGAGUUUUUAGCCAAGUAUGUUUGGAAGAAAAGGUGACAGAAUUGUUUGUUGUCAUGAUAGAUACCUGGUGAUUUCCAAGAAAGGCAUUUGCAUUCAUAAUUGGUUUAUAGUUGCCUGACUGCUAACAGAUUAUAUUAUCCAUUUGUUUUCCUUUCUUUAUUAUUAUUUUUUAGAAUGAUAAUUUACCUGCUAUCAUCAUUUUUUACUUUGGCUCAUUUUGUAUAGAUAAAUAUGAUUUUCUUAUAUUGUUUAUUAAUGUGUUGGAGUUAUGGUCAAGUAUAUAAUUUGCUUGUAUCAUAAUUCUUUUUUUUAUUGUUAUUAUUAUGUUUAAAAGGAUGAAAUUUGAUUUAAUGGGUGUGUGGCAUACUUUUUUUUUCUCCACAUACCAAUCAUUUAUUUACUAAGAAAAAGAUAAUAUAUAAAGAGUGAUGAAAUUAUCUAGGAAGUGAUUAGUGGUUUUUGAUGAAAGUCCUACUAUUAUUGUAUACCUUUAUUUAUUUUUCAUUUUUUUGAGUUCUUCAGAAUGGCACAAAUGUUGGGACUCAAAGAAUCAAAAGUAAAGUUGUCUUGCGUGAGAACAAAUGCUACUUCGGAACUCUGGCUUGGUCUCUCCCGUUGUUGUUGGUCCACGUGGAUGUGCCUUAAGUGUCUCGUCUCAUAGUCUAGGGUCCACUUUGUCCAGCACAAAUGGUAAUGAUGUCCACUUUUUCAGUGACAAGAAAAAUGAAAAUGAUAAUUAUUCUUAAUUAAUAUUUUAAAAUCAUUGGUAUUGUGUUCAAGACAGUGAUUAUUUUCUUCUUCACAUAAUGGCUUGUAGAUUGUGUGUAACUUGAAAUUGAAAAGUAAUCAAAAAGUUUUCCCUUACAGAA